AUGCUGCCGGUGGCCGAGAAGUAUGCACUGUUCGAGGGCACUGCGUCAUCACUCAAGGUCAGUGCAAGACAGGAUGAGAAGAAGUCUAUGGUGUGCACACAAAUAUAAGGGCGGCUGCCUGCCUGUCUGUCUGUCUGUCAGGUUUUGAAGCAGUUUCAGGAGAAUUUCGAGGUCGUGCAGAGCGAACUCGGCAAGAUCGAGGCCCGGCCCACUUGGGGGUAUGUCUGUGCCCGGCCCACUCGUUUCAGGGUGCUCCCUGAAACCGCUGGGGUGGACCACGACGACAUUCCACCGGCGGCUAUCGGGAUUCCGAUCCAGGACAUUCCGAACGAGCAGCAGCAGGUGCAGCAGGUGCAGCAGAUCAACGCCCACAUCAAAGCCCUCGAAGCCAUGCUCAAUCCGAAGGCGGGCGAACACAUGGCGUGUCCGGACGAGUGCCACAUCACCUCCGUCACCUGCUCAUGCGGCAGCAACAAGUGUGCCCUCUCUGAUCCAGCGGGUUUGAGGGAGCUGGAAAAGAAGGGCGUUUGCAGCUUUGUGUGCACCACUCGGAGUGGGGCCGGGGGCGUGCCCAAGUGUGGGUCGUGCGGAAAGACCCUAGUCGGCUUCACGCAAUGGACUGGCAGCAUGGCCUGCAGCCUCAAGGUUGGGAGCGAGCAGAACUGAGGAUAUAGAGAUAUUGGGUGGGUCGUGUCUAGAUGUGGAUAGCCAGCUGGGUCGGCUGGGGCUGUACGUGUACCUCCCUCCCUCCCUCCUUCGUUUUUCCGUUUUUACCAGAUGUUCCAUCUAUGUAUCUGUGCCUUCGCUGCUGCUGUGUGCUCCCAUCGACUUCUGCAUCUGUAGGUCAUGUAUGACUGAAUCGCGAAAAGGCUCGGUUCGGUUGCGCGUGGCCCGCGGCUGCCAUGGAGGCGAUGUGGCGUGGACAGACAGCCCUGGAUAAGCAAUCAUGUUCGGUCUUUGCGACAUGCUGAGUAAUGAGUAGCUCUGUUGGUGUGUGUUAUGCGCAUAUUUCCAUGCAAAUUUUAGAGAUGACAUUGUCCGUGCGUGCUAUCUGGACUUGCUCUCACUUGUGUAGCUGACUGACUGAACGGACGGCCAACAAUGGAUGGAUAAAAG